AUGUUUUACCAACUUUUCUUUUUUUUUCUAAUUUUAUUUUUCUUAACAGACUUUAAUUUAUUUAAUUUUAAGGAUUUACACAUUCUCCGUGAAGCAGUUUUUCAAAAAAUGUUGUCAGAACUUAAAUUACAAUUUUCUUCUAAUACUAAUGAAAAUUCAAGAACAUCAAGUCCUUUUCAAAUUAUUGAAUCAGAACAGGAAAUAAUAAAAGAAGAAAACAAUAAUAUUUUAAAAAUUAAUCAGCAACAACCACAACAAAAUGGAGGAGGUGGUUGGUUAAAUUGGAUGACUAAUUGGUUUGGAUCUGAAGAGAAAAAUAAUGAAUUUUUAGAAAAAGAAAAUGAUUUAAUAUUAAAUGAUUCUGUCUAUUUAAAUAAUUUAUCUACACCAAAAUUAACUAGUCCUAGAAGAGAUCAUGCACUAAAUCCAGAAUUGGAAGAAAUUGAAAAGAGAAUGGAAACAGAAAUUUUACAGAUGUUGAAUGACACUUUAGACGAUUACAAUAUUUUACGUCGUGAUAAUUUAUUGGCUGAACUUGUUAUUAAUUUUGCAAGAGUACAUUUGCGUAUAGCAACUGAUAAGGCCUCUAAACAAGAAAAUAAUGAAAAACAACAAAAAAUUAAUUUAUUAAUGUUAACUUUUGAUUUGGAUCAACUAAAUGGACGUAUUCAACUUUCACCAAAAGAACAUAGAACUGAAAUGUCAAUAAAUAUAGGGGAUUUAAGUAUUCAACAAAUGCAACAACAACAAUUUAUAAAUAAUUUUGAGGAGAAGAAAAAGGACUCCAAUGAUUUAUCCAAAAAUAAUAAUGACGAUUCACUUUUUUGUGGUUUCCAAGAAGAUAUACUAUCAAAUUCUGAUAUUACAACAAGUUUAUUGUUUACAAUUGGAAGACGAAAUGAAAAUAAAACAACAAAAAAUAAUUUUUCUUCUCCAAUAGUUGAACUAUUCUAUAAAAGAUUGGCACCAAAAAUGGAAAUAUAUCAUGAAUUAAAUAUUUGUUGUGCUCCUCUUGCUAUGCUCGCUGAUGAUUGUUUUAUUGCUACAUUACGAGAGAUUGUUGAAAGAGUGGAGGAAAAUAAUAAGAGCUUUCAGCAUUCAACUCCAUCCACCAGCAAUUUUUCAACUACUUUUAAAUCAUCAGAUGAAUCUUCUCUAAUUUUUCAUCAAAUAUUUAUUUUUGCAACAAUACCUGAACUUUUAAUUGAACUAAGAAGCCAAAAAGCUGCGCAAGACUGUAUUUUAUCAACAUUACCAAAACAUAUAGAAGAACAGAAUAAUAAAAAAAGGACAAGAAGAAAACGUACCUCAAAUUCAAUUCUGUUCCCGUUAAAUUUUGAUAUUGAUGAUGUUUACAACAAUGUUGAGGAAGAAGAAUUUAAUGUUGGGGAGAAUAAAAAUAAUUUUGAACAUCAGAAAAACACAACAACAACAACAAAUGACAAAAACAAUCAGAAUUUAAAACAAACAACAACACAACAACAACAUCAACACAAAAACACAACAACAACUAAUAACAAAAACAAUCAGAAUUCAAAACAAACAUCAACACAACAACAGCAUCAACACAAAAACACAACAACAACAAAUGAUAAAAACAAUCAGAAUUUAAAACAAACAUCAAUUAAAACAAGAAAAUAUGAACACAACAUUAAUAAAAAUAAAAACACAACAACCUCAACAACAAAAACAUUUGAUAAAAAUAAACUUGUUUUUACUCCAACAACAACAAUUUCAAACGAACAUUCAAACUUUACAACAAUAGAAACAUCGUCGUCAUCAUCUUUUGUUUUUGCUAGUGUUUGUGGAUUAUCAUUUACAUUUAUUAAAAAACAUUUACAACAACAAAAAUUAAAUAAAAUUAAUGUUGGAUUUGAUUCGUUUAAUUUGAAAGAUUUAUUUGAGAAAACAACAAACAAAAAUGGCGAUAUGUUGCUUAAAAUUGGGAAGGAAAAGGUGGUCACUUUUAAUAAAAAUGGGCCUGAUGGAACUGUUCGUUCUCUUUCUUGUCCAGAUCUAACAACAAACAACGGUUCCAAAAAUUCGAACAACAACAACAACAUUUCUCCCAACAAAACAACUGAAAAUUCUGAUUCUCCCUCAAAUUUAGCUUUAACAUCUUUAUUAAAUGAAAAUUUAUUUGUUGGUGAAACAGAAAAUAAUAAUGUUUGUAAUAGACAUCAGACAAUGCCCACAACAAAACAACAGCAACAACAAGUGGACAACAUUGUUUCAAACAUUAAACAACAAAACCAGAAGAAAAAACAUUGUAUUGAAGUUGUAUUCGAUCCUAACAAACAUGAAGAAGUUGAAACAAGUUGCAAAAAGGCAAAUUGUAUUGUCACAGGGAAUUUUGACGACGAACAAACAAAUGUUGAAUUAUUUAUUAAUCGACGAACAUGGCUACUUUUAAUAGACUUUUUUGGUUUUUGUUCAACUUCUGAUAUUAAUAAUAAAAAUGUUUUGGACAACAAUAACAACAAUUAUAUUAUGAAUAUUGAAUUAAAUAUUUCUUCUAAUUUAAUAUUAUCAAUAAAUUAUCCAAAAAGUGAAUUAACUCCAAAAUUGGGUAUUGUUUAUAUUCAAAAGCCUACGUUUACUGUACAGAUAGAUUUGAACGUUUCAAGUGAUCCGAUCCUUAUAUCGAUGCAAGCACAUAGUUUUUCACUUACCGAUGAAAAUUCACAAAUAUAUUCUCAGCGUUUACGAGUUGGAAAUUUUGACAACAAAUUAAACGGGAAAUCAACACCAUGUAUUAAAAUGAAGCUUAUAAAGAAUCGUCGAAAUUUUAAUUCUUCUUUAAACAACAAUAACAACGAUUUUGAUAUUUAUUUAAAUCUAAAAAUAAUUAAUGAUGUUGUAGUUAAUUAUAUACAUUCACAUCGUUAUUAUUAUGCUUUGAUAGAUUUUUGGCUUCAAUUUUCUGAAAUUUAUGAUCGCUUAUUUAUUGAAAAUGAAAUUAAUAAACAAUCAAAACAACAAUUAUUUGGUCAACAAAACUUGUUUGAUAAUUUACUUAAACUUCGUUGUAAACUUGAUAUUGAAUUUACUAGUGGAUUAAAUCUCUAUAUCCCUUCAAGUGAAAAUUCUCAAAAAGCUGUGCUUUUUGAAUGUGACAAAAUUCUAAUUUCUAAUAAAUUCUGUCGAGCUUCACAAAUAAAAAAUUUGCUUCAAAAACAUUUGGGAGAAAAUUUGUUUCGAUUACAGCAACAACAAUUACCGUAUUUCCUAUAUUAG